UCAAGGAUCUAUCGAACGCGACAAAAUGGAUUGCAAGUAGACCAAAGAAUUGUGAAACAAACCUUGAGAAUUGUUAGUUAUGGAUCUCAUAGAUUUAAUUGGUGACUCGAGAACGGACAGCCUACCGGCUGGGUUUCUAAGAUCGAUCAAAAUCAAGUACAAACAAGAAUCUUCCCGAGUUUUUCCGCCGGGAACGCCAUACAGCACUACAAAUGUCGGCACCAAAGCCACUCUGAAGGACGUGGGAGGUCAAAGAACUGGCUCGGCGGCUAGCGGGUCUUCUGUACCGAGUUUCAUGGGAUGGAAUGUUCCAUCACGACUGAUUCAACAGAAUAGAAGUACUGGUAAUCAGCCACUGUCACCAGGUGGAUGUGAGGCCGAGAGAGGGAAGUUAGGGUCCAGAAUGUCUGCACUCAGUAGACAAUCCCUAGGCAGUGCACAGAUGAAACCAUUCUCAAGGGAAAAGGAUGACUUACCAAGGUUGGAGUCUGCUGCUAACUCUGUAAGGAAAAGUCCCUUGCAGAGGAAACUCACACCACUGGUUCAAACUUCAUUGCCUGCCAUGGGAACCCCAAACGGGCAAGAUAAAAGUAUUUUGCAAGAUAUGGCAGAGGCAAAGAAGGUUGCCCUUGAGAAGUCCAUCAAGAAGACAAUUCAUCCCCAGUCACUGGAAGCAGUGGAUAAAUGGUUGAAAACAGCUACUGACAAAGAGCACGAGUUGGCACUGAAGUUCUUUAGCACCCUGUCUGGAGUAAAGGCAGACAAGAUGGGUACGCUCAAAUUAAACCAUGACCUCUCAGAGGGUAACUGUGAGAUCUGCGACAGUGGAAGAAUUGAGGAAACUCUAGAGGCACUUGCAAGGGAGGACACGAUUGCAUCGCGGGGUAAACUGCUGUACAAUCCCAAGAGGGCUCCAGACAUCACCAAACAGUCCUACUACCAGAAAGCCAGACAGCGUCUUCCAGUACAUGUGCGACAGCAGUUCCAGACAUGGCACCAUCUUCCGGUCUACAAGGUACCAAGUGAUGCUGCCAUAAACAAGAGUUCCAUGUUCACACAGCCUCACAGGGCCUAUGGACGGCAUUUUACUAUCCAUCCAGAAUGGGGACUUCACAAGCCUAUUGUGCUGUAAUGGAAAAGGUCCAGAAAAUCACUGUGUGUGCAGAGUUAGAAAUGGCUUAAAGCCUUUGAUUGAAAAAAAAGACCUUUUUGCAGAAACUUGCAUUCUGUGUUAACACCAUUUUCCAUGAGUGACAAAAUCAUAAGACUAAUAUUGACCUAUUUAAUUUUUACUAAGUACUUUCUUGUUUGAGUAUGUAGCUGUAAGGUCAACCUUUGUAAAGUUCAAUAUUUCCAAGCAAGUAGAAACAUGUAACGUGUUAGCAAGUAAGGCACAACCAUGCUUAAAUUUCUGACUAAAAGUCAGACACACAGUCUUGUUACACUGUUUAUGACUUAUCAUAAGAAAUUUUUGUACAAUAGAAAUGAUUUGGAAUUGCCUAACAAAUUUCAUACACAUAUACUUUCAAUUCAAACCGAAAGUACAAGUGAUAUGAACAUGCUGAUUGUUUUCUUGUGGGAAUAUUACAAGUAAUCUUACAGUGCUAGCAUUUACCCUCAUCCUCCAAAUGAAAUUAUUGCACUACCUCAUGGUAAUUUAGUCUUCAAGAUCUAAUCCAAAUUCUUGAUACGUAGCUCUUGUUGUAGUGCCAUUUAUCUCAGCUGUGAAUAAACACAAAAUAAAAAUUAUAAAACUUG